UCAUGUUUUACAAGGACAUGAUGUUUGUGUAGCGUCCCUGGAAUGUAAUUAGGCCUGUAGACCACCAGAGCUUCAAACGCCCUUCAUUGAGGAUCCCUUCAUCUUAUUUGCUGGAUAUGUCUGGAUUUCAAAUUAUUGCAAUAAUAUUUUGCAUUUGUGGCACUGGAACUGUCAUUGGGGCGGUUGUCUCCAACGAGUGGAGAGUGACCAGCCGAGCCAGCUCUGUUAUUACGGCCACUUGGGUGUUCCAGGGCUUGUGGAUGAACUGUGCAGGGAAUGCUUUGGGCGCAUAUCACUGUCGACCUCACUUAACCAUUUUCCGUGUAGAAGGAUUUUUGCAAGCCUGCAGAGCACUUAUGAUUUCAGCCAUAUGCUUGGGAUUCUUUGGUACAGUAUUUGCUUUUGUUGGCAUGAAAUGUACAAGGAUAGGAGGUACUGACCAAAUGAAAGCUAAAGUUGCCUUUGUGGCCGGAACACUAUUUAUAUUAUCAGGUAUUAGCUCCUUGGCUGGUUGUUCCCUUUAUGCACAUAAAACUACUCUGGAAUUCUUUGACCCUACACAUGUAACAGCAAAAUAUGAGCUUGGGACAGCACUGUUUGUCGGGUGGACUGGAUCUGUUCUCUGCAUGGUGGGCGGAUUUAUCUUUUGCUGCACAACUUCACCACAACAAAUUGUCUUGAGACCAGCAUCCUCCAAGAAGAAUUCCUACAGUCAAGCUAAAGGGAUAACCAAACUGAAGAUGAUUGGUGGAACCUCAGAGGAAUACAACACAAAAACAUUUGUCUGAAAUAUUUUAGUAGAAGUAACAGAAAAAAAACUGAACAGAAGAAAGAAUUAUAAAAAUGACAACAGUAUCUUUGUUUUACAAAUCUUAGUAUUGUACGCUAACAUUUUAGCACUACUUUCAUGAGGAGAAUUCAUUUAUACUCUUCUUUCUCUUAUUUGUUAUGUAGUUUGGACUUUAGUCUUUCCUGUCAUCAUAGCACAUUUAUUAGGCGUAGUAUAAAAUGUAGGCCGGGUUUACAUGUAGUAUUUUUGUCAGUGUUUGGUCUUCAUUUCGGUCAGGUUUUUUUUUUUUUUAUCUAAGGCUGUAUUCACACCACGUUUUUGCAAUACAGUUCCCGUAUACGUUUUCUAUGUGAAAACCGUACGGAACAGUAUUGGAAAAUGUAUGCAUUGACUCUCCAUUGAAAACCGUAUGCCAAAAAAUGCAUCAGGUUGUGUCCGUUUUGCAUCCUGUACGGUUUUGUCAGGUUUUUUUCCUGUACCCAAAACCGUAGUCUACCACGGUUUUAGGUCCGGUAGAAAAACUGUAUUAAACCGUAUACGUUUUUUUUAACAUGGAAGUCAAGGGGAACCGUACAGAACUGUAUGUGCAUACAGUUCCAUCCGGUUUUCACCAUACGGUUUUUGACUUUGCACAGUUUUUUUUCUUGGAAUUUCAAUCAAACAAGUAAAACUUUAUUGAAAAUGGAGUGAAAAGUUAAAAACGUAUACGUUUUUCUCUUAAAAAACGGCUGCAACCGGAUGUCAUAUUUCACACCUUAUACGGUUUUUACCUGUAUACGGGUUAAAAUUUGUAAACACGUUUUGAUACAGUUUAGUCAGGUUUUGAGGAAUCCGUUUUUCCUCAAAAACUUGAUACAGGAACUGUAUUGCAAAAACGUGGUGUGAAUGCACCCUAAACCAGAAGUGGGACAAGCAUAUAAGAAAAACUAUAAUGGAAACACUUGCAACUUUUUCUGUCUUUUGGACCCACUCCUGGUUUUGGCUAAAAUACUGACCAUUUAUUAUAUGUGACUAAAGUGUCAAGUGACUAAAAUUAUAUUUUGACACUAUUAGAAAAAAAGACAGUGAUAAGUAAUAUAACUGGGGAAGAAUAUCCUACAAAUUCAUUAAAAGGACACAUGUGGUAUUUUGGAGCAACUUGCAACAGGCAUAGAAUACAUUUAAAGUAUACCAUGUACUCAACUUUUUGACACAAUAAAUCCCCCCCUUUGUGUAGUAAAGCUCCCUCAUUAAAGAGAAUAGGUUGCACUAUAUGAGUUAUAGGGCAUUAUUGAUUGUAACACUCUAUUCAAUAAACAGAAUCAUUUCUGUAUGUGUUAAGUUAGUAAACUAAGUGAUGUACUUUACAUUUUAUAUGAUUUUAACCUUUAAAAGACUCUUAUUUGGAGCAAAUUGUAAAAGAAAAAAUCUAAAUAUACUUAAUUAACCAAUACCUUUACCCACCACCAGUGUCCUCAGUCAUUCUCUGUUCUGUAAUGCUUUAAGGGAAUCUGUCAUCAGCAUCACUCACACUAACCUAUUGGUAAAGGCUUUUAGUGUAGAUGACGUUGGUGACAUUGUUACUAACUAUUCCCAGUUUUGUGCCUCAGUACGGCCAAUAUUUUUCUUAAUGUGCUAAAGCAGAAGCUUUGCGCACGAAGGGUGUUUCCAUGCCCCGGUUGCAGGAUGAUGUCUGGCUUGAAUAUUCGUUGACACAUCCUACCCUGUGCAGAUCUUGCUAUGCUGCAGAAUGGAGCUCCACUCUGCCUCUAUCCCGCUUCCCAGCCAGACACAGGAAACAUAAAGUGAAAUCUCGCGAAUCUCUCUCUGCACGCGAGAGAGAUUUUACAGUGGAGAAGAGCGGCCUAGCUGCAGCGUGGAGCUCCAUUCUGCUGCAUAGGAUGGUCUUCAUGGGGUAAAGGCAUUUUCUAAGAAGAAUCAAGCUGGAUAUCAACGUGCACCCGGGGCUUGGGAACAACCCCGUGCAACAAGUUCCUGCAUUAGCAUAUAAAAAAAGAGGAAUGGAUCUGGGAAUAUUAAGUAACGCUGUCCUCAGCGUCACCCGCACUUUAAGCCUAUACCAAUAGGUUAGUGAUGCUGAUGACAGAUGGCAGCCAGCACUCCAUUUAUUCAUUUAUGGGGCAACCCCAUAGAGAAUGAAUGGAGCGUAGGCCACACAUGUGCAAUGUGCUCUGUUCAUUCUGGGGACAAUUUUGUCUCUGUCCUGGGGAUCGGUGGGAAUCAUCCAGUUAUUUCCUACCUUAUCCAUAGGACAGGGGGAUAAGAAGCUAAGAUUAUAAUAUUACCUGGUGCACAGCACUUGACAGCGACAGCCAAUAACUGCCCAUUGCGGUAAUGCAACACAACACUGUAGCAGUUGUAAUAGAAGUGUAGGCCAUUUUCACAUGAGCCUAACACAGGUGCCCUUUUAAUAUCUAUAACCUUGCUAGCUCAGGUUAUAAGACUUGCAGUAAGGUUGGCAUCUGUGCCAUUCAAUGCUACAACCAGGGGCCUAAAUAGGGCUGUACGCCACUGGCUAAAACCAGCCAAGCUAUAUAAGAACAAUUCUAGAGAA